AUGAGUGAAAUAUAGGAUGAUGAUAUGAAACUCUACCCCUGCAGCAAUUGUGGAGAGUAAUACCCUUAUUGUGGAAUUGAAAAACAUUUAGAAAGUUGUCUCGUAGAAAACAUAGUUGAAGAUUGCAAAUUUUGUGGUGAAACAAUAGUCAAGAAGUUAAUUGAGUAACAUUUAUAGAAUUGCUAAGCAUUUGCUUUAUAGGAGAAAGAGGAUGAUGUUUGUGAAUUUUGUCAGGAGAAAAUAUUUAAAAAAUUCAAAUAAGAUCAUUAUUCGGAUUGUCCUUUAAAAUAAAUUGCCGACGCGUAUUAAUCUUACACUGCUCACGAAUGUCCAAUAUGUUUAAUAGAUAUUGGACCUGUGGAUUCAAAAGGAAUUCUUGAAUGUUGCCAUAUAUUCCAUCAAUGUUGCCUAUAAGCGUGGUAACAAAAAAGUCAAGAAUGCCCAGUUUGCAGAUAUACUUGA